GCUUCAUACCAGACAGCAAUAGGGGCCUUCAUUUGGGGCUUGUACGUGGCUGUGGUGUAGUAAUGGUAGUUUAGCUAGUAGGAAGCAUAGUCAUUUUCAGUUAUGCUUAUUUAACUUUGACUUUUCUGUCGUUGAGAUUAAAGGAUUUUAUCUAACACUUUGUUUUGAGGCUCGACAAUGGCUGGCUGGGCGGGGUUUUCGGAGGAAGAACUUCGUAGACUGCAGCAAAAAGAACAAGCUGCACCCAAUGUACCAGUGCGGGGCAGAAGACCACCUCCCACCAAUAGGAGCCGCCAGCAGUUACAGCAAGAGAGAGCCAUGCAGCAGGCAGCUCAGCUGAAUAGAGCCCCUUCAAUCCCUCCUGAGCAGCAGCUCUCCAGGCCCCAACCACAGCCUUCUAUCCAGACAGCUCCAGCUCCAGCUCCAGCACCAGCACCAGCACCAGCACCAGCACUAACACUAACCCGGGAGAAGGAGGCCAUUCACACAGCCAAGAACCAGCAGGACGAGGCCAGAGUCCAGAGCUAUCCCACACCACAAGGAACAGAAGCAGAAAAAUGUCCAGUCAUGGAAGAACCAGAGAAGCAGCAGGGGGAAUUGAGAGAGAAGUCUCGUCUACAGCAUCUGCAGCAGGAACAGCGAUUCAUGGAAGAGAAGAAUAAACGAAAAAAGGCACUUCUGUCAAAAGCCAUUGCAGAAAGGUCUAAGCACACACAGGCAGAGGCUGUGAAACUGAAGCGAAUCCAGAAGGAGCUACAGACACUGGAUGACAUGGUGUCCAAUGGCAUCGGGAUCCUGCGCAGCCGCAUAGAGCAAGCCAGCUGGGAGUACUCCCAAGCGAGGAAGCGUUUUGAAAAGGCAGAGGUGGAGUAUGUGUCAGCGAAGCUGGACCUGCACAAGAAGAUGGAUGUGAAGGAGCAGCUUACAGAGCACCUGUACACCAUCAUCCAGCAGAAUGAGCUGCGCAAAGCCUACAAACUGGAGGAGCUCAUGAUACUGCUGGAGAUGGAGACUGACGAGGAGAGGCUAGAGCUGGAGAUUGAGGUUGAGAGGCUGUUGCAGCAUCAGGAAGCCCAGUCUGGGAAUGGGGAGGGGAACAGCGCACAGACGGGAGACCAAGCAAAGGAAGACGGCAGCAGCAGUGCAAGUAUACAAGUGGAGGAGAGGAAAGCAGAGGAUACUAAGCUGUGUGACUCUGCAAAGGAGCUAAAAGCUGAAGACACUAAAUGACAGAAUGUAAUACUCAUUGUGAAAUGCAAGCUGCUAAAGAAUAAUGGGCCUACCUGCACAAUAUGAGAAGGGUGGUGGGGGUAUUAUAUUUGUGUUUAAAGCCUUUAAUACAUAAAAGAAACACAUUUUGUGUAAUGUACAUGUAGGUAGUAUACAUGAACAUACAUAUACAUAUAUAAUGUAUGUUAUGGUGCACUGUAAACUGCUAAGGGUUGUCUGAUGGUACUGUAAUCAUACAAUAUGCAAGAGCAAUCCAAACCAUUUUCAUUAUUAUUUCCAACCACUUUAAACACAUAUCCACCAAUGUUUUGCUUCUUAAUUAUUCUGAGCAGGGGAUGGUGGAAAGUUAUAUAUUGAAUUUAAUAUUUGAUACAAAGAAGAAUAAGUGUGGAAAUACUGAAUCUAAACUUCCAUACCUUUUCCUGUUCUCUCUGCCAGUAUAUGGAAGUCUUACUAUUAUUUAUUUCUUAGCAGACACCCUUAGCCAGGGCGACUUACAAUUGUUUCACGAUAUCACAUUAUUUUUACAUACAAUUACCCAUUUAUACAGUUGGGUUUUAACUAGAGCAAUCUAGGUAAAGUACCUUGUUCAAGGGUACACCACCGGGGAUUGAACCCACGACCCUCCAGUCAAGAGUCCAGAGCCCUAACCACUACUCCACAUUUGAAUGAUUAUAUAAUGUAUGUUGAGAACCGCUCAACUAUUGUGAUGAAGUGUGGUAUGGAAUUGUGUUCAACAUCUGAGACUGUAGAUCAGAGUUGCCUCCUUUUCCUCUAGUUUCUUGAGAGCUCUGGUUGGUUAGGUUUAGAACUGGCAUCCUGAAUUUGAUGGAUGGUUGUAACAAAGGAUUCUGCAUACUGUGGUUGUAGACCAUGGUGACUUGUUUUUUUUUUUAAUGUCCCGAGCUACUGAAGUCUUUAUCUUGGGAACCCUUCAAUUGUAAUGAAAUGGUUCAUAGGCAUUUGUUAGACAUUAUUUCACCUGUAUUAUGGAUUAUUUAUUUGUGUUUCUAUAAUUACUCUUGCAGUGUCUUUGGGAGGGGGUAUUUACAAUUGCAUCUUGUUUACAGAUCUUGCCACAACAAUGAUGACAUCUUGAGUUUGGCAACAAAUACAAAAGUUAGGCUUGUGCCAAUAAAUUGCUUGAUAGCAAUGUACUUAAAUCUUUACACUUUUUGUAAUACAUGCAUUUUUAACAAAACUGUUGGCUAAAAUCAGGGUUGUACAAAAUAAAUGUUAAUAGAUAUUUGGUUAUUAA